UCAAAAACUAAAAAAAUUAUAUCUUUUAUAAAAUACUAUUGGAUCAACAUAAUAAUAUUUUUAACAAUAUUAAUAAUAUUGGUAUUGACGUUAGGAUCAAUAAUUUAUGAAACUAGGACCCAUUUUCAACUGUCAAAGGUUACAAGUAUUUUAGAAAAAGAAAUCUUUAUUAUACCGUCCACUUUAUUACCAACUAUUAGAUCAGUUGAAGAGAAACAGAGAAUUUCGUUAAUUUGCAACACCUUUAUAUUAGCAAUCGAUUUUAUAUUAUUUGUUUUCUUAUGUACAUUAAUUUUAAAAAGAAAUUUCAUUAGUAACAAAACAACCAAC